UAGAAACAGGACAGCAGGCAUUGCACCAAUGGUGGGCGCUACGAUCGAGAACUCGAGCAGUACCGCCAGCACCAGUAGCAGCAACAGCAACAGCAACAACAGUGGAUGUGCCGGCUCGGCCCCCCGCUCGGCCGCGUGCCUCAGGCGUGCAGGACCCUUUGUCGUUCCCGAUGCCGUGGCGUGGCUGGACCACUUGACCAUGCAGCUUGAAACUGACACUGCAGGGGGCAAGACGCAGUACCAACUGACUAUGAAGUACACACCCAACCAGCAGAAGCUCGAAUCAUGCGCCACGUGGACCGUUAGCCGCGGCUUCGACGAGUAUCGGGCCUUCCAGAAACGGCUACUCAAGCGCAUGCAGCGCGGGCACUCGUGUGGCGCCGAAUGCAAGUGGCUUUACAAAGUGGUCAAGCACUAUUUCCCUCAGAAGUCGCUGUUCUGCAACAAUUGCCCCAAAGUGGUGGCGGCACGGCAACAGACACUUAUCCGCUGUCUCACCACAGUACAGGCAUCACUUGUAAACCGCGGCAAUCAGAGCUGCCGGGUGCUAGCACACGACGUGGCUGCCGAGUUCAAUCGCUUCGUGGUCAAAGGCAUGAAGGACCUGGAGGCUAACGCCAUAGCUGAUGACUCGCGGUCGUUCGAACUCAGUGCCAUCACACGCGAUUCGCUGGACUCACUCGACUCGGAGAGCGAAGACGAUAGUGACUCAGAGGACGAAGAGGAGGAGGAGGAGGAGAGUGACUGUGACGCCUGCCACAGUCGACACGUCGUGUGCCGUACCCACAGCAACCUCAAGGCAUAG